AUGCUUCGGGAGGUGACUCUGUCGAGCGGCACUCGAGCAACGUUUGCCGACAUUGCGCGUACACUGCCAGCGAGCCCGCCGACCAGUCUAUCCAGCGUAGCUGUCCCAAGAAAGCAGCAGACAGCCAGCGAUCCUCUCCACUGUACCAUCGACACAUCUCGCGUCAGCGAGUCGAAGAAGAACAACGCGCAAAUCGGAUCAAUUCGCCAGGCCAUCGAGACUGAGAUGAGAGCGAUGAACGGACAAGAGACCUGGAGGUGCGCAGCAGUCGUGAGAGAGUCCCGGAAUGCCGACCGAGUCAAGAUCGUCUGCAGAGACGAAGCCGAGCUUCAGAUGGUCAAAGAGGCUGCGCAGAAGACAGCCGUGGAAGGUUCGCGAGUUAUGCGAGACCAGCUGUAUCCGGUCCGAGUCGACAACGCCAACCGCACAGCAAUCCUUGACGCGGAAGGCAACGUUCUGCCUGGAGCGAUCGAGGCCUUGAGUGCCGAAAACAGAGUGACCAUUGGCAAGAUUUCCUGGUUGAGCAAACGAGAGUCUGGCAAAGCGUACGGAUCCAUGGUGGUGUAUGUCACCAAGAAACGCGACGCAGAAAGGCUUCUGGAAGGGUACUAA